AUGGCCAGGGUCGAGAAAUUAGACGAUGAGGUGAUCAAGCAAAUCAAGGCUUAUCUAGGCUUCAGCUCCAUAUACUCCAUCGUCGAGCAACUAUUGAAGGCAAGCUUGCAACAGCAUCCGACAGCUGUGUCAAUCAAGAUCGAUUUGACAUCUUUGAGUGUUUUCUUGCAGGAUAAUGGAGAUGGCUAUACUCCUCAACAAUUGGAACAAUUGGCUUGCUUUGAUGGGAAGGAAUCGGUACAAGCACAAUCACAACCAAAACACAGUAAACUUGCAGUCAUUGGCAAAGUAUCUGACUUUUUCAUCGUUUCCAAGAGCACCUCAUUCAACUGCGCUCAUACCAUAAAACUUCGUGGUGAGAAUCCGGCUGCAAUGAUGUGCGACCCUACUGGACUGAGGGGAAACCAUUUUGCGCCAGACCCAAUUGCCAAUUACGGCUCGAUAUACCAAGUUUCUAAUUUGUUCAAGAAUCUCCCAGUGCGGCGAAAGCAAUUCAAAAACACCCAAACUCACAAGAUUAUAGAUUCCAUUAAAGUGGUCAUUUUGAAGUUACUCUUGGAAAAAUCAGAUAUUGAUCUACGACUAUCCGUUCGGAGUCCUCAUUCAUUACGUUUUGAAGAAUGCUGUCACGUCAAGGCUCUGCCCCAUUCCUACAAGAAACUUCUUUCGGACAUCUUUGACCUUGAUCUCGACUACAAGUCAAUAAAUGCAGAGUACAAGACUUUCAAAGUCUCUGGAGAAAUUGGACUCUGGCCCAUCAAUUCAAAAGCGCACCAAUACGUCUUUGUCAACGACAUGUUGGUUCCGUUGAGUAGGUCUUUUGCCAAAUUCAUCAACGAAAUGUUUGUGAAUUCCGGCUUUAUUGAUCUUGACCAGGAAACCAGCCCUAAAAAAACCACUAGAAAAGCAAUCAGGAAAUUUCCCUGUUUUUUAAUAAAAAUCGUGUGCACUGAAAGAGUUGAUAUAAAAGAAAGCUCUUAUUCUUGGACGAUAAUUACAAACAUAAUCACCAAAAUCUUUGGCAAGUUUUUGCACUUGGGCAAUGGUGAGCGGGAUAAAAAGGUGGCAAACAAGCCUCUCGAUUGUCUGCCGAGUCCAACCAAGAGAAAGAGAGAAGCUUUUAUUCUCAAGUCGAGUCUGCGUUGGGGCCACGCCAAAGAUCUGGAGUUGGAGAGCUUGGUUCAUCUGCGGAAAAAAACGAGGAGGGUAAUUUCUCAAUUUACGCCGUUGGCUGCUAGGGUUGAAACCGCAGAGCCUGCAAUCCCAGCCAAUUUAUGUCACGACUUUGGUCCUCAGCACGAGGAAGUGGAUUUCAAAAAGGAAAUUUUGGCGGCGGGAGAUUACAGAGUCAUUCGUCAAAUAGAUUCCAAGUUUAUUUUAUUGCUACUUCGCAGUCAAGAGAACCAGCUUAUUGUGCUUGAUCAGCACGCGAGCGAUGAAAGAGUCAAAGUUGAAAGUCUAAUUCGGGAUUUCGUUGAGCGAAUGAGCAACAAUCCUGGAUUACGAUUAGCCACACCAAUCAUUGUUCAGAUAUCUACUCACGAACUACAGCUCUUUAAACAGUACCGAUCCAAUUUUGAGCUAUUCGGCAUAUGCUACGAAACAGAAAUGAAUGCAGUCGAAAUCACCAAAUUGCCGGAACCAAUCAUCACGAGAGUUGCCGAUGACCCCGAUUUGCUCAAAGACGCCCUUUUGCAGCACUGUUACGAUCUCCACAACGGGGUAAAGAGCAAAACUGUGCGCCGUGAUGAUGAUGACUGGUUUGAAGUGUCGCGCCACUUGCCUAGAGUAAUCCUUGAAAUCUUAAACUCCAGGGCAUGCCGAUCUGCUAUAAUGUUUGGUGACGUCUUGAGUCACGAAGAGAUGACAGAGUUGGUUGAAAGUCUCAGCAAAUGCAGGCUUCCUUUUCAAUGUGCACAUGGACGGCCCUCGGUGGUUCCACUAGCAAAGUUUUCGGAGAAACAUUAA